AGAUCUAACGGGUUAUCGGAUCCAUCAACGUUGCUUUGGUAUCGAAUCCGUAGACGAGCUUCCUCCUUUCCUCUCUCGAAGUCUCGUCUUGCCCCAAAAUCAAGUCCCUUUUGGCCUCAAUUCUAGGGUUUCUUGCUCUCAAAUCUCUCUUCAAUCUAGGUUCUUCUCUGUUGUGAAAUCGCACUACCAUGGCCCAUCCUGGCGGCAAUGCGGGUGGGGUUGAUAAUACCUUUAGGAGGAAGUGGAACAAGGAAGAGUUUCUGGAGAAAGCUCGAGAACGGGAGCAACAGGAGGAUGAGGAGGGGAGGCUAAAAAAUAAAGGUAAAGCACCUCCAGUGCAGCGGAAACCAUUAAAGCAUAGAGAUUUUGAAGUUGACCUUUCUUCACGUCUGGGAAAGACACAGGUUGUCACUCCAAUUGCACCAUUGAGCCAACAGGCUGGAUUUUAUUGUGAUGUCUGUGAAUGUGUUGUAAAAGAUUCAGCCAACUAUUUGGACCACAUCAAUGGCAAAAAACAUCAAAGAGUUUUGGGUAUGUCAAUGCGUGUUGAGCGCGCAUCUCUUCAACAGGUGCAAGAAAGAUUCGAAUCUCUUAAGAAGCGGAAAACCCCUGGAAGCUUCACAGAGCAAGACUUGGAUGAGAGGAUACUAAAACAGCAGCAAGAGGAGGAAGAGAGGAAACGCCUACGUCGGGAGAGGAAGAAAGAGAAGAAGAGAGAGAAAGCUGCAGAAGACGCAGAGGAUAUUGACCCAGAAGUCGCAGCGAUGAUGGGCUUUGGUGGUUUCCGAUCAUCCAAGACUUGAGAAAAGAAACUUCAGAAUAUCAGAACUGAAGCUUUAUCUCCAACAUGGCAUAUCAUGGUGACAACAUAACCUGGUCUCACCUUAUCGAAUGGAGUAGACGAAGAUGAUCAAGCAAUUGCACCAAGUUAAUUAAUGCCUGUAAUUUGAAUCGAUAUCUCGGUUAAUGAAGCAGUUGUCUGAAUUUGAUGUAUCUGAUUUAUAUGUUUUACCUGGUGAUUGUUUCACCCCCAUGGAAAAACCUGUUAUUAUGAUGGAUUACUGAGUAUUGAUAAGACAGUUAUUUGCAAUCACUAGUUCAUCAAAUAUCCAACAUGGAUUUUUGCAUGUA